AUGGCCGAAGUACAAUCGCCACCUGCACAGACAGUGUCUGCACCUACAAACCCCCAAACGUCUCUCGAACCCUCCACAUCGACAGAACUCGCGCCCAUGACGACCGAACAGACAAUAAUCACUACCAACGCCGAAGGCAAAAAAGUCAAAAAGAUAAUCCGCCGCAAACGACGCCCAGCACGCCCCCAAGUCGACCCAGCAACAUUCAAAACCGACGCGCCACCACCCACGGGCACAAUCUUCAACAUCUGGUACAACAAAUGGUCAGGCGGCGACCGGGAAGACAAAUACCUGUCCAAAACCGCCGCACAGGGGCGUUGCAACGUCGCCAAAGACAGCGGGUACACAAAAGCCGACAAGACACCGGGCGCCUACUUCUGUCUCUUCUUCGCACGCGGGAUAUGCCCCAAGGGCGUCGACUGCGAAUACCUGCACCGCCUGCCGACGGUCACAGACAUCUUUCCGAGCAACAUUGAUUGUUUUGGGCGCGACAAGCACAGCGACUACCGCGACGACAUGGGCGGCGUGGGCUCCUUUCAGCGACAGAACCGCACGCUGUACAUCGGGCGGAUCCACGUAACCGAUGACAUCGAAGAGAUUGUUGCGCGGCACUUUCAGGAAUGGGGGCAGGUAGAGCGCACGCGUGUCUUGACGGCGAGGGGCGUGGCGUUCGUGACGUACAUGAAUGAAGCGAAUAGUCAGUUUGCAAAGGAAGCUAUGGCGCAUCAGAGCCUGGAUCACAAUGAGAUCUUGAAUGUGAGAUGGGCGACCGUCGACCCGAACCCUGCAGCUGCGAAACGAGAAGCACAUAGAAUCGAAGAACAAGCCGCUGAAGCAAUCCGUAAAGCUCUACCCGCAGCCUACGUCGCCGAGAUCGAGGGCCGCGAUCCAGAGCAGAAGAAGCGGCGGAAAGUGGAGGGUAGUUUCGGAUUGCAGGGAUACGAAGCACCGGACGAUGUGUGGUACGCAAAGGAGAAGGGAGAAUGGGAACAGGCUAGAGAGCUGGAGUCGGGCGGCAUGGAGAACAGGAAGAUGAUCGAGGCUGGUGGAGAGGAGGAAGAGGAGUAUGCUGCACUUGUGCCGCAGCAGAAUGCACAGACUGGCGGGAACGGUAUAUUGUCCGGCUCGACGCUCGCAGCGUUAAAGGGGUAUACAGCGACUGCAUCCAACAAGCGACCAGCGCCGUCAGGGCCGCUGCUAGCUGGGUAUGGCAGUGACGAUGACAGUGAUUAGAUUCGUGUCAUCGAGAAGUUGUAGCAUAUUGGUGUGGAAACCCUUGCAUGGUCAGGCGUCACGAAAAUUGAU